AUGCCCUCAUCGCAUUCGUCGUCCGUCAUGGGUCUGGCGUGCGCUGUGGCCUUCCAAGAAGGCACGGCGAGCCCGUUGUUCGCCGCGUGCCUCGUUUUCGCCGUCGUGGUCAUGUAUGACGCCUCGGGGGUUCGGCUUCAGGCAGGCCGGCAAGCAGAGGUCCUAAACCAGAUCGUAUAUGAGCUGCCACCAGACCAUCCCUUGGCUGAGUCCCGGCCUCUCAAGGAGCCCAUUGGACACACACAACCUCAGGUGGUGGCAGGAGCUCUUUUGCUGUGCCUGAUUCUAGCUAGCUCCUAUUGUUUCGUUACAGUCGUCCCCGAUGUGGAGGCGCUUGGCAGAAGCCGCAUCUGCGGCAUCGCGACGAGGUACGCCGCCAGGCGCGCCUCACGACUCGCCGCUUUCCGCCCUUCGCAUUCACGCCGCUGUCCGCAGCAAUUCCCGCAGAGAGCCCAGUUUGCCACAUAUCCCCCUUCGUGCGUCCCAGUUCAUCGCUCUCCACCCCUCUCCACCCCUGCCGUCCCCUGCCGGCGCCCAGCGGUGGCAUGGCGGAUGGAGGAGCUGCAGCCGCCCAGCGAGCGCGUGCUGUUCCACUUCGCGAGGGCGGGCGCGCGGGGAGAGGAGGGCGCCACGCAGGGCGCGAUGGACGCGUGGCACGUGUAUUCCGACGCCAUCUACGGCGGUGAGACGGUGUGCUCCUGGGUGCGGCGAGCCCAAGACCCCCAAGUCCCUCUGUCCUUCUCUCCCCCGCCCCUCAACUUCCCAACCUGCCGCCCCUCAGGUUCGUCAACCGCCACCCUCGCCCAUGCCACGUCCGGCAGCGCCGAGCCUGCAGGGUCGGGCACGGAGCUUCCAGGCAUGUGCAGGGAUCAGGGGCGUGGAGACAUGAUGGGCAGAGAUAGAAUGGAUGGCAGUGCAGGGAUGGUGCUCCCACCCCACGCACCCACCCAGCAUGGCUGGGAGGUACGAGCUAUGCGUCUGCAGCAGCACCUUCACUUCGAACCUCCCUCCUCCUUUGCCGUGUUCGCAGGCAGCUUGUCCCGACGCGUGCAGGGGAAGGAGCAGGGGGAGGGCGUGGAAGGCGGAGGGCGGGGAGGGGCAGGGCGGCUGCUCAAGGGUGGCUUUGCCGGCAUUCGAACGAUCGAGGGCCUCCCCACCUUCUCUCUCUGGCGCAUGCAGCCUGCCGCCACGAGCAGCACGAGCAGCCUGGAGGCCUUCUCCCCGCUGCUGCUGCCUCUGCCUCUGCCCGUGCCAUCAUCUCACUCUCUUGCUUCUCUCCUCCACUUACCCCCCCCUCUCCCACUUCCUUCCGCCUCCUCACCUUCUAUGCCAGGCGCAUGCAGUGUGCCGCCUCCACCCAGACGCCUUCUCCUCGAUGCUGCUGCUCCUCAUGUCAUGAUGAUCUCACGCUGCUCCUUCUCUCCACUACCUAUUCUCCCCCCCCACCGUUCCCCCAACCCCCCCUCUCAGGCGCAUGCAGAAUGCCGCCAUGACCUGGACGCCUUCUCCUCGCUGCACCUGCUCGUGCCAUGGUCUCACCCUCUCUCUUCUCCCCACCACCUAUCCCACCCGUGUGUGCCCACUUCCACCCACCCGCUCCGCCCCUCUCAGGGGCAUGCAGAGUGCCGCCAUGACCUGGAUGCCUUCUCCUCGCUACUGCUGCUCGUGUGUGGUGGCGACCUCUUGCUUCUCUCCACCAAGUAUUCCCCGCGCCCCUGCCCCCCCCUUCCUCCCCGCUCCCCUCAGGCGCAUGCAGCGUGCCGCCACGACCUGGACGCCUUCUCCUCGCUGCACCUGCUUGUGCGGGGUGACGGCCGCACCUACCUCUCCACCUAG